CGUGUGGCUAGACGCGUGAGUACCGAUAUGCUUGUAUGGAACAGCGCGACUUUUUCUACAUUCUCUGUUUAAUGGUCAGAACAGAGUCAUUUGAGUAAGCGAUUACCAUUAUGUUGGGAUAUCGAAAGUAAGACAAAACAAGCAUCCAAGCCGAGUAAAAUGUGGAGAAACUGAAUUUUGGAAAAGAGACGGGAAAUAGGUCUCUGAGAGAGGAUGUGGUGUGUGGACGAGAGUCCAGAGGGGCUACUCUACGUCUUCGAGUCGCCGACCCACAGCGGCGGUCUGCUGCGGCGCCUAGAUGCCCAGAGGCGGGCGGGCGUCCUGUGCGACGUCACCGUGCUGGUGCAGGGGCGACGGGUCAGCGCGCACGGAGCCGUUCUGGCGGCCUGCAGUGGCUACUUCCUGCACCAGCUCCAGGAGAAGAGAGGCGGGGACGCCGCCGUGGUCAUCAGCCUGCCCAGCACAGUGACCACGAGGGGCUUUGCCCCGCUGCUGCAGUUUGCCUACACGGGGAAGCUCUCCCUCAGCAGGGCCAGUCUGUUGGGCGCCAGCAUCCCUGCGGAGAGCGCCUACAUACACGACUUGAAGGGACUUCAGGCUUCCCUCUCCUGA